AUGAAGAAGGUGCCUAAAAAGUACAGCAAGCUGUCCAUACCUGAGGCCUUAGAAACUUCCAAGCAAAGACUCACAGCCUUGGCCAGCUGGUUGAAGAGUGACCGAUUGAUGUAUGUCUUUGAUUCAGUGAUGUCUCUGUUUGGAAAAAACUUGGAGAAAAACAUCGUAGCUCUGAUCACACACUCAGAUGGAAGCAGACCUAAAAACGCUCUUCAAGCUCUUGAAGCAGCAAACAUUAAAUGUGCCAAAAAUGAGAAGUGUCAUCCAGUUUACUUCCUCUUUAAUAACUGCCAGCUUGAAGACGAGGAAGAAGAAUUUCUGAAACCAAAUUUUGAAAGAUCAGAGAGAGGAAUGAGAGAGUUCACAGCCUUCCUGAAAGAAACUACACCUCUAAAGCCAGAGGCGGCAUCUGAAGUGUUAAAGGAAAGUAUCAGACUGACAGCCUGCAUCCAAAACCUGCAAGAAAGAAUCAGAUUCACUGAAGUGAAAGAAAGAGAGUUGAAACAGAGUCAGGAAGCUCUGAAGAAACAUGACAACUUCAAGAAUGAAGAGGUUACUCCAUGUGUUGUUUUUAAACAUAAUGAACCUAUCAGAGAAGAGAUGUGUGGGCCGGGUUUUAAAGCAGUUAUCAGCUGUGGAGUCUGUGAGGAGAACUGUCACUAUCCUGGAUGCACCGUGCUCUUAAAUCACUGUGAGGUCUUUAUAGAUGGUCUCUGCACGUCAUGUACCGGGAAGUGUCCUGCAUCAGUGCAUGUGAAAGGAAAGUGGAGAUAUGUGACCAGGAUAAAGAAAGGUCAGAAGAACGAACCGCCAACAAAAGAGAAGGAUGUUCAUUUAGAGGAAAUGAACCUGCUGACAGCAGAGAAGUCACAGUUACUGGAUGAGUCCUACCAACAUGUUGUCAGACUGGAGCAGAUCGCACUGAAAGCUGAUUCAGCAUCCACUAUUGUCCACUUGGACUUCCUGAUUGAGAGGAUGAAGGAGAAAGGAGACACAGAGAAGGUCCAGAAACUGGAGGAGAUGAAAAGGAGAGAGGAUAAAGGAACCAAAGAAGUACAGCGGAUCAGUUUGAUCUCAUCACCACAUGAAGAUAUUAUCUCAAACAGUUUUCUCAUCAGAUCAAGACCUCCUGCUGUCUACCAGCUGAGACCAAAGAAACAUAACUUUGGAACUCUGACAAGAAUGACUGUUGGAGAAGAGCAUUCAGGAAAGACAAACAGAACCAUCUUACUUUUGGGAGAAACAGGUGGAGGAAAAUCUACUCUGAUCAAUGCUCUAGUCAACUACACCAUGGGAGUGAAGUGGGAGGAUGAAGUCUGGUUUACGAUUGUAGAAGAGAAGAAGAAUGUUUAUUUACAAAGUCAGACAUCAGAUGUGAUCGUGUACGAGAUCUUUGGUUUUGAAGAUGAAACUCUGCCCUACUCUCUGACCAUCAUCGAUACUCCUGGAUCUCUGAUCACACACUCAGAUGGAAGCAGACCUAAAAACCCUCUUCAAGCUCUUGAAGCUACAAACAUUAAAUGUGCCAAAAAUGAGAAGAAUGAGCCUGUUCACUUCCUGUUUAAUAACCAACAGCAUGAAGAUCGAACUGAAGAAAAUAAGUCAUCAAAACAUUCAUGGCAACUCACAGAGACAAAAAUCAAUCAUUUUACAGACUUCUUGGGAAAAUUGAAACCUCAAAAAGUGAUGAAAACAGUUGAAGUGCUAAAUGAAAGAAUCAGACUGAAAGCCUGCAUCCAAAACCUGAAUAAUAGAAUAGAGUAUAUUCAACUGAAACAGAGAGAAAUCACACAGAUUCAAGAAGCUCUGAAGAAACAUGAAGAAGAGAUGAAGAGGAAUGAGAGGUUCACAGUAGUUGUUGAUGAGGUCUACAAAAAUAAAGAACCCAUUGAUGGUGGGAUGUGGGGUUUAGUUUUUUAUGAAGCAGCUGUCUGCUGUACAGUCUGUGAGGAGAACUGUCACUAUCCUGGAUGCACAAUGGCCUGGAAACCUGCACACUGUAAAGUCAUGAAAGGAGGUCUCUGCACUGUUUGUACCAACAGGUGUCCUGCAUCAGAUCAUGUGAAAGUAAAGUGGAGUUAUGAGACCAAGACAAAGAGGGAAAUGAAGACAAAUGAAGAAAUGAAAAAGAAGUAUGAAGCAAAUAAAUAUGAAGGCCAUCAAAAAGAAAGUGAGAAGAAGUGUAACCUGUUGGAAAAUCUUGAAAAGGAAAUGAACCUGCUGACAGCAGAGAAGUCCCAGUGGCUCAAUGAGUCCUACCAACAUGUUGUCAGACUGGAGCAGAUCGCUCUGAAAGCUGAUUCAGUGUCCACUAUUGUCCACUUGGACUACCUGAUUGAGAAGAUGAAGGAGAAAGGAGACACAGAGAAGGUCCAGAAACUGGAGGAGAUGAGAAACAGAGUGGAUGAAGCAACAAAAGAAGCACAGCGGAUCAGUUUGAUCUCAGACAUCAUCUUAAACAGUUUUCUCAUCAGGUCAGGACCUCCUGCUGUCUACCAGCUGAGACCAAAGAAACAGAACUUUGGAACUAUGACAAGAAUGAUUGUUGGAGAAAAACAUCCAAACAAGAUAAAUAAAACCAUCUUACUUGUGGGUGAAACUGGAGCAGGAAAAUCUACUCUGAUCAACGCUCUGGUCAACUAUACCAUGGGAGUGAAGUGGGAGGAUAGAGUCUGGUUUAUGAUUGUAGAAGAGGAGAAAAUCGAAGUGUUAAAUGAGCGACUCAGACUGAAAGCCUCUAUCAAAAACCUGAAAGAGAGAAUCGAGCUGGCUGAACUGAAAAAGACAGAAAUCAGAGAUAUUCAAGAAGCUCUGAGGCAGACAAAUUACAGAAAGAAAACGGAAGUUGAAAAAAUAUCGAGCCUGUUAGAAAAUCUUGAAAAGGAAAUGAACCUUCUGACAGCAGAGAAGUCACAGUACCUGGAUGAGUCUUACCAGCAUGUAGUCAGACUGGAGCAGAUCGCACUGAAAGCCGAUUCAGCGUCCACUAUUGUCCACUUGGACUUCCCGACUGGUAAGAUGGAGAAAGGAGACACGUUGAAGGUCCAAAAACUGGAGGAGAUGAAAAGGAAAGUGGAGGAAGAAACCAAAGCAGCACUGCGGUACAAGCUUCAACAAACAUCAUCACCUAUCAAAUACAUUGGGAGAUCCCUGCAUAAGUGA